GAAGGAGACUUUAAGAAAUGCCCCCCACCCCCAUCUUUUCUACACCCGUUGCACAGAUCUGAAUUUGUUUCUGACAAGAGCCAAUGGGAGGUGAGUAUGGGAGAAGGACCUAUUUAUUCAAAGGCCCAGAACUGGAACUUGACGCAUUUUCCUCAGUUUCUCCAUCUCCACUCUUCCAAGUGGCUAGCUCGCAGAUACUAGCUUGCCAGGAUACAAGGACUAAAGUUGGUGCUCAGAAAAGCUGGUUUACGGUACUGUGCACGUUAGGAUCAGAAAAAAACCCGUGUGUGUGCCCUAGAGUCGUCAGGGCUUAAGGCAAACAAACAAACAAAAAAGCUUAAGACACCCCACCCUCCAACCCUGACCCUCACCCCCCUACUGGUUAUGGCCUUGGGCAGGUACUUUGAGAUCGGGGUAGAACAGAUCUGCUACUUGGGCAGGCCUACGAGGCUGGCUUCAGGUAAACGGAUGUAUUUACAUUUUGGGAGUGAUAUUUUAUGGGAUUUUUAAAUGUGGAGUUCUUGACUCCCCUCUAAACUAAACACUAACUUUUUACACAUGUUGACUGUAGAAUUCCGAUUCCCUCUUGCCAACCAAUUUUUUUUUUCUCUGUAUAGCCCUGGCUGUCCUGGAACUCACUCUGUAGACCAGGCUGGCCUAGAACUCAGAAAUCUGCCUGCCUCUGCCUCCCAAGUGCUGGGAUUAAAGGCGUGUGCCACCACGCCCGGCUCUUGCCAACCACUUCUAAGAGAACAGUUGAGACCUGCGUGGGAAAAGAGGUUGAAGCACUUGAGGUGUAUUGUGAAGAUUUUCGGGCGGUGAUUUCGCGGGAACUACAACUCCCAGAAACACUUGCGGCAAAGCCCGCGCUUAAUGGCCAUCGGAAGGACCCGCCGCUAACGUGACGCACUCAAUAGCCAAUAGUCUAGAGGCAUCUCCGAGGUCCAAAGGCCGAGGCUUCCGUUAGGUGCCCGGGACUUCUGAUUCCCGGUCCUGUGACGUGAGCGGCCCCGGGAUUUUACGUGUGGGACGGGGAGGCAGAAGACUAAGAUAUCGCACAUGCUAAGCAAUCCGUCUCUUGAGGAACAUCGCUUCAAGUUCUGAACUUCCUGUCAGGGUCUCCUGCAGUGCAAGCUGGCCUCGCACUCGCUGUAGAGCUAAUGCUGGCCUAGAAUUCCUGACCCUCCUGCCUUUUACUUACUCCAAGGAACUGAGAAUAUGGACCUGAACCUGGAUUUACGUUUGCUCUAUGAGUGGUUGAACCCGGCACCAGAACAUGCCAGGCAGUGCUCCACCACUGAGUUACGUGCUUACACUAGGCUUUUACCCUUGCAAAGAUGGUUGCUAUGGACAUUUAUAUAUGUGAUUGGCUUACGUGGUAUGGUAAAAUAGUCUUAUAUUUUGCAGAUUUGGUUAUUCGUUGUUUAUUCAUUUAGGUCUUUAACCAUCUGGAGUUUAUUUUGUUGUAAUUUUUUUUUUAACAUUUUGGAGCUUUUGGUUUUAUUAUCUAAAAUAAAAGUUAUUCAUUCAUGCAACAUGGUGGUGUGUGCCUUUAAUCCCAACACUCAGGAGGCAGAGGCAAAGGCAAGCAGAUCUCUAUGAGUUCAAGGCCAGCUUGGUCUACAAAACAAGUUCUAGGACAUUCAGAGCCACCUAAUAGGAGGACCUUGUCUUAGGCUGGAGAGGUGGCUCACAACCAUCUGUAAUGGGAUCCAAUGCCCUCUUCUGGUGUGGCUGAAGACAGCUACAGUGCACUCACAUACAUUAAAUAAAUAAAUAAAUAAAUAAAUAAAUAAAUAAAUAAAUAAAUCUAAAAACAACCACAAAAAAACCCCUAUAUGGCUCAGGCUACCCUUGGACCUCCAGUCCACUCUUGAAUACCUGCCUACUUUCCUUCAUUGUACAGCUCAUAGAAAGACUACUCACAACAUUUUAGUAUCAAACUUGUUGUUAAUAAAGUUCUAAUGCAGGAAGCUGCAGGGAUCGGGGAGUUAAGCACUUGUCUAGCAUGCACAAGGCCCUGGGUUUGAUACCCAGAGCCACACAAAAAGAUAAAAUUAAAACUCCUGUACUGAUGACUCAUAGGAAUGUAAGGAUUAUGUUUGCUUUCCCUUCACUCUAACAUAGAGCUUAGAUGUGAAUCUGAAAGCCUUAGGCAAGAUUGCCUGUGGUGAUCAACUAGCUGGCCUAGAACUCACUUUGUAGACCAGGCUGGUCUCAGACUCACUGAGAUUCUCCUGCCUUAGUCUCUUGAGUGGCAUUAAAGGUGUGCCCCACCACGCCCCUUUGUAACUUUCCUCCCUAAUCAUUUCAGAUAGCCUUUGUCCGAAAGGAUGGAGCUGGGAAACGGAAAACUGCCUAGGACAGGACUGAACUCACUGAACCAAGCAGUCCAUCCAACCUGGGGCCUGGCCUGGACUGAUGGGAAUCGUGUAGUCCUGACUGACUUACAGCUUCAUAGUGGAGAGGCCAAGUUCGGGGACUCCCGUGUCAUUGGAAGGUUUGAAUCUGUCUGUGGGGUUUGCUGGGCACCAGUCAGAACAGUGCGCUCGCCGGCUCUGCUUGCCAUCCAGCACAGGAAGCUUGUCUCCGUGUGGCAGCUGUGUCCCAGCACUGCAGGAGCAAGCAAAUGGCAGGCGUCUCAGACCUCUGAGGUCAGGGAGUCACUCCCUAUCCUUCCUCGGGGCUGCGUGUGGCACCCAAAGGAUGCUGUCCUGACCGUGUUGACUGCGCAGGGUGUCUCCAUUUUUCCUAACGUCCACCAAGAUGGUUCCAGGGUAAAAGUGGACGUCAACACCAAGGGCCGCGUUUACUGUGCUUGUUGGACCCUGGAUGGCCAGCGGCUGGUGGUGGCAAUAGACAGCAACCUUCAUUCGUAUAUCUGGGACAGUUCUCAGAAGUCCCUUCACAGCUGCUCCUUCUGCCCAGUGUUUCCUGUGAAUUGCUCCAUCCGCUCCAUCGAAGCCACCGGGAACUCGCAGGUUGCUAUAGCCACCGAACUUCCACUCCAUAAGCUUUGUAGCUUAAAUGCAUCUGAAGCCUUGGACGGUCCACCCAACGGUGACGAUGGCUCUGUUCAUACUCGCCCUGUAGAUGAGCAGGUAGCCACUAUGGACAUGAAUUCUGGAGUGACAGUUUCUCCCUUCUCAGUGCCUCUGGAUCUGACUCACAUACAUUUCAACCCAUCACAAGCUGAACAGAGUUCUCUUAUUUGUUUAAGAAAAAAGGACUACUUGACAGGAACUGGCCAAGAUUCUUCACAUUUGAUCCUGGUAACCUUUAAGAAAGCAAUUACCAUAACAAAAAAGGUCGCUAUUCCUGGCAUCCUGGUUCCUGAUUUAAUAGCAUUUAACCUGACAGCAGAGCUAGUGGCCGUGGCUUCCAAUACGUGUAACGUAAUUUUGAUCUAUUCGGCCGCUCCAUCUUCUAUGCCAAAUAUCCAGCAAAUUCAGUUAGAGAGUAAUGAAAGACCAAAGGGCAUAUGUUUCUUGACAGACAGACUAUUAUUAAUUGCUGUAGGGAAACAAAAGCCCAGUGAAGCAGCCUUUCUUCCUUCUUCAGAAUACGGUCAGUAUACUGUUCGUCUGAUAGUUAGAGAAAUGGCCCAGGGAAGCGAAUCUUCUGGAACAUCUGCUGAGAGUCAGGGCGCUUACUCCGACUUCACUGCUUUGUUAAGUAAAGCAGAUAGAGAAAAGUUCACUGACAGCCUUUCCCCAGGGUCGAGUCCCCUGAGCCAGGGGCUCUUGCUAACACCUAACUCCAGUACUCAGAGUGGGAGGUCUGGAAGAGCCCUUAUUCAAGAAAUUAAAAGUCCCUUGUCCCCUCUGUCCAGUGAUUCCGUUGUCCAUGAAACCCUUCACAGGCCCCCCUGGCUUUGCCCAGCAUUGCCUAGACCCAGCAGGACCCCAGAGCACACCAGCACCCCAGAACUGAAUUCACCUCAAAGGGAGAACUUACAAAAAGAAAAGGAAACGUGCCCACUUUCCAGAGAGCUGGAAAUCCUCUCUCGACACCUGGUUGCGAUGCAGCAGUAUCUUUCUGAACUCACGGGUUUUCUACACAAGGAGAAGCGCGUCGCCCCCGCAUAUCCACCCUCGCAGGAUGCUCCAUAUGUUCACCUCAUUUACCAGAACCCUUGUUCUGUAGGUCCCACUGAGAGAAGAGCUGUGCUUCUCUGCGAUGGCAAGCUGAGGCUCAGUACCGUUCAACAGAUGUUUGGCCUCCACCUUGUUGAAAUGCUGCAUGACUCCCACUGGAUCCUCCUCUCUGCUGACAGCCAAGGUUUCAUCCCAUUAACUUUCAAGGCUGCCCAGACAGUCGUGGUAAGAGAUGGCAGCCUGUCCAAGCCAAAGGGAGCUAGGGGCCCUCUUUCUCACAAUCAGGAUCCUGGUCCUCCACCUGAAGUCUUCAGAAACCUUGCUACCCAGAAUGUAGACACGGCUGGCAGUUUCGACAGUGUGACCUGAUGUCUGGUUUGCAGCACGAAUAUGCUGCCAUAUUCUCCCCAGGCUGUGUGCUUCCUUCCUUCCGGGCAGCAGGGCAAAUGGCUGCUUAUGUAUUCAUGACUGUGUCACUUUGAGGACAAAGUUCUAAGACUGAAACAGCAACACCGCAUGGGCAUAUAGACUGUACUUUAUGAUUGCCCCCAGGCCCCGUGUUAGCGCUGCCUACGUGUGUUCUUAGGAUACAGUGGAGUAGCUGUGUUAGUGCUGCCUACCAGUGUUCUUAGGAUGCACUGGACGCCGCUGGUCUUCUUGCUCUACAGAUGCAGGUGAGAAGGGCUGCUGGGGAGCCUGUGCUGCAACACAGCCUUUUUUUUUUUUUUUUUUUUUUUUUGGUUUUUCGAGACAGGGUUUCUCUGUGCAGCCCUGGCUGUCCUGGAACUCACUUUGUAGACCAUGCUGGCCUCGAACUCAGAAAUCCACCUGCCUCUGCCUCCCAAGUGCUGGGAUUAAAGGCGUGCGCCACCACGGCGCUGUGUUGCUACAACACAGCCUUUUAAUCCAGGUCCUGAGGUAGCAGGGAUCCCGAGCACUUCCGCUCUCAGGACUGUCUGGAUCAGGAAGUUCUGAGGCUGGCCGGCCCUCUCCAGAUCUAAAAACAACCAAACCUCUUGCUCCUGUACACAAUUCUGAAUGACAGAGGUCCAGAUACUACUACAAUGUGUCUGGGCAAAUUUUUAAUAAACUGCCAAGAUUCGACCCUCCUGGGAGUGCCAAUGAUCGAGGCCACUCGCCUGGGAGACCACGCCUUGCUCUCUGGCCUCGCUGUUCGAGUGCUCUCCUCCAGAUGUAUUCUUUUAUUCUCCAGUUUGAGGAUCAUAAAAAUUCCCAAUCCUUCCAUUUGUUUGUUUAUAAACCGGGGGCUCAGACCUAUCCAGAACAUGCCAGACAGGUACCCUGCUUUCUCUGAGUGGUGUGCCCCCGGCCCGACUUGCCACUUUAACUUUGGUAUUUUUCUCUAAACUCCUUUCAAAUCUAAGAGACCAGUGUAGGAUUAGAAAGUAUUUUCAGGGGCUGGUGAGAUGGCUCAGUGGGUAAGAGCACCCGACUGCUCUCCCGAAGGUCAGGAGUUCAAAUCCCAGCAACCACAUGGUGGCUCACAACCAUCUGUAACAAGAUCUGACUCCCUCUUCUGGAGUGUCUGAAGACAGCUACAGUGUACUUACAUAUAAUAAAUAAAUAAAUCUUUAAAAAAAAAAAAAGAAAGUAUUUUUAAAAGCUGAAAGUUUUACAAAAAUCUAAACAAGUUCUAGAAACCCUCAGUUUGUGUAUACUCGAUAAGGCACCGGCUUAGCACGGGGAGAAAGACCCUGAUCCCUUAAACUGCACCUAGCUGUUAGGUCAGGCCCUGCAGCCAGCAGACUGGGGGGGGGGGGGGGUCGCGGCAGCACAUCUGCAGUGCCUUGCUUCAGCCAUUGAGACUCCAUUAACCCGUGUACUCCCCCUCCUUUUACCUUUAAAAGUACCCAGAGAGGAAAUCUCUUGUGCCUUUGGGACCCCUGUCUGUCUGUUGCAGUUUAUGAAGAUGGAGCUUGGCUAGGAAGGAGCCAAAGGCCUAUUUUGUGGUUCAGAUACAUUAGGCAACUGCUCGGAUAAUGGACGGAAGGCUGCACGUCUGUCAUCAGUGGCCUGGAGAGUGGUGGCUGGGGGUGGGGGGUGGGGUGGAGUGAGGCCUGGCUCCAUCUGCAGAGGAAGUGUCUGGGGUGUGAUGAAGUCACGGCUAUUAUGAACACAGAGAGAGGGACUAAGGGACCCUGAGUAAGAUUAGUGUGACUGCUCAAGCUGUCCUUUAUAAUCUCAGGGCAGAAGACUCGCAGUGAGUCUUGGGUACAAUCUCAGCCACUGUGACUGUUCUGAUCGCUCUGAUGCUACAGUCUAUGACUAUCUGGAUGGCACAUGAUAAUUGCCAUCUUUAUAUUUCUUCUGUGGACAUAGUGCCGAAUGAUGAUUGCUUCUUUAUAAUAAAUAUGAUUCCAGCUGAUGGCA